AUUUGUCAUCGGGUUUUAAUACCCGUUCGGGUAUCAUUAUUUCCAUUCUUAUUUCUUCUUUGGGUACUUCUUCCCCUAAAUCCGAAAUAAAAAACCGAUCUCUAUUUCUUUCAGAGGGGUUAAUUAGAGAUGGCGUUUACAAUGAGAGCAGUGAAAGUACCACCAAAUUCAUCUAGUUUGGAAGAAGCAAGGAAACGUACAUUUGAUUUCUUCAGGAGUGCUUGUAGAUCGAUACCAUCAGUUAUGGAGAUUUACAAUCUAUACGAUGUUACUACUGCUGCUCAGCUUCGUUCUUCUAUUGCUUCUCAAAUCCGUCAGAAUGCAUCCAUCACUAACCCUAAGGUAAUAGACAUGCUUCUGUUCAAAGGGAUGGAAGAACUGAACAACAUUGUUGAACACGCGAAACAACGGCAUCAUAUCAUUGGGCAGUAUGUGGUGGGGAACGAAGGGCUUGUGCAGGAUGUUGGGACUAAGGAUCAACAUGCCUCUGACUUCCUUAAGAAGUUCUACAACACCAACUACUUCUAGAUCCGAGAACAGGACCUAAACCCAUCCUCCUUGUCCGGCUUCUCCUACGUUUUGUACUGGCCAUUAUGGAUCGUAUAUCUUUUGUGAUUUUCUUUUGUUCUGUAGACUUCAGGAAUAAAAUCAAACACUUGAAACUCUUGUUUGUCUUUCAUCUCAAACAGAAAAGAAACUUUUGUUUGUCAUGUUUUAUGUGCUCAAUCAAUUCUAUUUCUGAUUCGCCCUCA